UGAGCGUAACCUCUAUUGACCGUCUCAUUUAGAGCCUUGCUGAUCGCCGAAGACUGCUAUGGCGUCCCCCAAUCCAACCGUGCAGUUCACAGGAACUUUCCGCUUCUUCGAUCUGCCGCGCGAACUCCGAGACAUGAUCUACCACGAGGUGUGGCCCACGACCCCGGAACUCUAUCAACAUGUCAUAGACAAAAGCCAACGACACCUUGGCUGUCAGGGAUGUAGGCAAGGUCUCUUUGCAGCGUAUCAGCCUAGGACACCGAGAGAUCCAUGUCGGAACGAGUACGCGCUUCCGUCUUGGUUGCAAGCCAGCAAAGCUUUUCUUGAAGAAGCGAUGGAUCAGUACUACCGAAAAUGCCAAUGGAUGGCGAAGGUUCCCGGAGGCCACAUAACUACAACCUUUCAUUUCGGUAAUCAGCAAGUGACCGCUCAAACUUCAGUAGAUAUAGUCUACAAUCUGCGCAGACUCCAGAAGAACCGAAAAACGACCCGCUGUCUUUCAGAACAUCCCUCUCAAGCAAGCAUAGAGGUGAAGAAUAUAUGGCCAAUUAACUCGACUUUGCUGAAGAGGAUGGAAAACGGUCUCCGCCAACUUGAUGGCUGUAAGAGCUUGCUGAUCAUGUUUGGCGUCGCAUUGAAGCACAUCAACAGCGAAGUCACCGUGGAUCUGUCUGCCUUCGAAACUACUGGGCUGGAGUUGGACAAGCUCGUAGUGGACGUACACCAAUCUUGUGCGGUCGCAUUUGCGGAGCGCGCGGAUAUGCUCUACUCUCUCCUGCAAUUAGAAAUCGAACGGCUAGGAACGGUCUUAGUUGGCCCGGGAAGUCGGCUGACAUGCGCCAAAAAUCGUCCGCUAAGUACGCACUGGAAUUUUGAGGUUUUAGGACUUGGCCUAGACGGACGCUGCAACAGACUGAUGUAGUGGGAUAUCGCCGUCGUCCGCAGUGCAGAGAAGAUAUCCCCACUGGAACCUCUGACUUUGCCUCCAAGACUUCUCCUCAACACUGCUGAGACGAGGAGCCAGAUCCGCACACGCGACUUGACGUGCUUCAGCUCAGGCCAGAGAAGGAAUCAGAUGCAUUCUCCGUAUGGCUUGUGAUGUGGCGAGGAACAAUCAUGUGUGGUUGGAAAAGCUCCAGAGCCUCUCCAUGAGGUUGUGUAAGAUUCAGAAGAUCGAUUAGGUGGAACACGCAUGGAAAUGUCAGCCUGAGUUGGGGUGGCACAUCGUACAUAUUCAUCAACCGGUGUUCCAAAAGCUAGAGCAAUACUGAAUUGACCUC